AUGCUGCCUAUCCACUCCAGUGAUCAACAUCGCCAUGCAUCCAACUCUGGACCUGUUCUCACCUCCACAGAUAUGCAGACCCCUGCAGCUGAUGCAUCCACCACCUCCACCACCUUAUCUGCUCAAGAUAAUGCUGCCCUCAAAAUCCCCGCCACUACUCAAGAGGGCACCAAUGAAUCCACCUCUGUCCCUUCUUCUGAACAACAUAAUGAUGGAGUUGACGAGGCCAUGGAAGAGCUCUACCUGGCUGAGCCUGACCAGUGGGCCUUCCAGCCCAUAUUCACUGGUAGACUCAUUUGGUUGGCAAAGCAUUCUGACAAACCUAUUGUCCCCUUUGAAGAGCUCCCACUUCCUCGGUCUGACCAAGCCAGAGUGCCUCCUUGCACUGUAUGCUGGCAAUCAUCCGAAAUUUCAACCUCAAUUGCAAAGAAGACAUUGCCCGAGGUUCUCUUCAUCUCCAGGCCUGCCAACAGAUGCAAGCAAAGGGUCUCUUACCAUGAUGACCCCACUCCUCUGGCCAAUACUAAUGUAUACAUUGCCCUCAUCACCACUCCAGCAGGAGAUGAAGGAGGCCUUGACCCAGUUUGGCUCCAUGCUAUUCCUGGUUAUGUACAAAUCCUCACCAAUGACUGCAAGCUCAGCAAUGUUGGACAUUUACAAUGGUGCCCAUCUUGCAAGAGCUGA